AUUUACACACACACAACGAAUGUGUGCAAUCUAGCACACACACACACUCGAGCCCAUUUCCGCUGCCGAAAUAAAAAUAAAAUCUCGAAAGGAUUGUUUAUGUAGGCCCACAUUCGGUGAAAAGAACUCGGUGGGCCAGUUGACUAGAUUUUUUCCCCCCUUUUUCUUCACCCCAAAAGUUCUUCUCCUCCCGUACACACACACCAGUGUGUAGUGUGUGUGUGUUAGCUUUAGGGGGAAACCGGGACCUACGUGUGUUCCCACCCACUUUGGUGUGUGUGUGUUGUCCAAACUGUCAGUGUAAUCAGUGUCUUUCAAAAAAAGAAGACUUGCUCUGAAAAUUGUCGUGUUUUCAUGUCAAUGUUGUCGACGUCGAGUGUGUCGGUUCGAUCGAAAACGGAUGCCAAUGCUGGCAGUUGUGUCGAGGUGAAAAAGCGAAUAGACCAAGCCAUUCAUCUGCUUUGAAACCUGAAAGCAGGUUGGAUCAGCCAGACGAUUCCAUUUAGACAAUCGGUGUGUUCAUUUCCUUCUUGUUUUAUUGUCAUUUUUAUCUUUUCAGUUGUUCCUGCUGCAGAGAGACUCAUUGGUUGUGCGUCUGUCCAUGUUCUGACGACUCCCCAAACAACUUCCAAUUAGUGCCUGUGUGUCCUGCCCUGCCGGUCAGCCAGCCUCAAAAUCUGCAACAUCACAACUCAUCGUUGGUGUGGCCAUCCCAAGUGUGCAGAUGAACACGAGAACCUGGUGAGAGUCUGCCUACGGUUGUUGUUGUUGUGUGAGACUUCGAUUUGACUGGAGUGUGCCCCUGCAGCACUGGAACGCCAGCAGGUUGGCAUAUUGUGUGACAGCUUCGUCCACACCCAAUUACCAGAGCUACACAGUGACACGUGCGUGUGGGGCUUGUUUCCUGGUGCGUCGCCAGUUCGACGCCGUCCGAAAGAAAAAAAGUUAUAAAAAGAAACGCACGAGGUUCGUCGACCAGCUUGAGAGAAAAAAAGUUGAAAAGGAGAAGAGCCGGAAGAACGGAAAGUGCACACAUACGUGGGAUUUCCCACCUGGAGUGGACGUGAGAGGACGAAGAACUAUGGCGUUUUGGUGAAUCCCGACAAAACUCUUUUUUCGUCCUUUUUUUUUUUUUAUUCCAUCACCCACCAAUUCAUUCCACCUCCCCCUACCAUCCGUCAGUCAUCUGUGGAGGCUCAAGAAACGUCAUGAGUCAAUCUGUCCAAGUGGACGCCCACUCUAUCGACACGCCCCCCGUUGCUGAUCCCUUAUCCCUGGAUACGUUAUCCUCCUCCUCGCAUUUGAAGGAAGCAACGACUGAUAUGAGUUCAUCCGACUCUUUGGCGGCAGCAGCAGCAGCCACCAGUGAAAAAUCGUCGUCCAACCGUGUCGUCGCCCAGAGAACUCCAGCAGGUGGUUCGAAUCAUCUUCCAUCAGCAGCAGCAGCGGCUGCCGGCCACCAACAACAACAACAACACCGGACGGCCAUCAACCGCAGUAACACUUCCGGCGGUGAAGGAGGUCUGGUCAUGGUGGCUACGUCGCUCGCUGCUGCUUCUUCUUCUUCAACAACUCCGUCCAGCCGGGCCAAUAGUGCCGAACCCUUCAGCAAUGGCGGUGGUGGAGGAAGCGGGAGUAGCAGUGGUGGUGCGGCGCGGUCAGCCGGAGCAGGAGGAAGCCGGGCAGCUCGGACGAAUACGACAGCUCAAGCUCCUCAAGGGGCCAUCUAUCGGGCAUCGAUGGCCAGCGCAGGAGGAGGUGGUAGUGGAGGUGGUGGUGGUGGUGGAGGAGGAGGAGGAGGUAAUGGAGGAUCUUCUCGGAUUCCGUCUCAUCUGGCCUCUUAUCAAUCGCCGGCCACUGGCUCCUUCGCUUACGGAGCCGGCGUGGGAGGAUCUAAUAACAGCAGCAACAGUAGCAGCAGCACGGGGACCGGGAGUCAAGGCUACAGCAGCUCGACGAGCGCCGGCGGUGUAGGAGGAGGCGGCGGCGGCGGAAGUGGGGGAGUAGGCGGCGCCAAUUCCAGCCCUGCGACGGCGGCUACCAAUGCGACGACGACGACGACCAGUGGCUCUGGCGGCAGCAGUACCAAUAACAGCGACCAGCUGUCCAGGACCAACCUCUACAUCCGCGGAUUGACACCCAACACCACCGACAAGGACCUGGAAGAAUUGUGUCGCAAAUUCGGCACCAUCAUUUCGACCAAAGCCAUUCUGGACAAGAAUACCAACAAGUGCAAAGGCUACGGUUUCGUCGAUUUCGAUUCGCCAUCGGCGGCCGAGUCGGCCGUCAAAGCCCUGCAGCUUCAAGGCAUUCAAGCGCAGAUGGCGAAGGUAAUCGUCAAACAACAGGAGCAAGAUCCAACCAAUUUGUACCUGGCCAACUUGCCGGCCCACAUCACCGAACAGGACCUGCACGACAUGCUCUACAAGUACGGCACUGUCAUCUCGACCCGGGUGUUGCGCGACGGAGGCAGCCAGAGCCGGGGCGUCGGCUUCGCCCGCAUGGAGUCGAGGGAAAAGUGCGACGAGAUCAUCAGCAUCUUCAACGGGAAAUUGCUGUCGGGAUCGACCCAGCCGCUCCUCGUCAAAUUCGCCGACGGCGGCAACAAGAACAAGCGCCAGCACAAGACUCACGACCAGCGCUGGCGCGACGCCGCCGACGGACCCGGCGGACUCCUCUCGGCCUACGACAAUCCCGUCCACAACGGAUUGCCCACCCUGCUCUCCCACAUGCAGCUCGGACGUAAUUUCCCGCACCAAAUGUCGCCUUUCCCCAUUGGGCCCAACGGCGCCCCCUGGCUGGGACAAUACAUUGUCCAGCCUCCCAUGCAUCAACAGAUGGAGAUGUUGACGUCCGGAAUGGAUCCGUCGAUGCAGUACAUCCCUCAGUUGACGACUCACCUGUCAUCGCUGCACGUCGGCAGCCCUGGAAAUCCUUACGCGAUGGGUCCCAGUGGCCACCCCGGUGGACACGGUGGUCAUCACCAUCACCACCAUCACCACCACAACGCCUAUCAGGCGGCAGCACUCUACCAGGCCAGCCAAUCGCAGGCGGCCGUCAUGGGUCCGGCCUCACUCUCUCUGGCUCCUGAAUCCGAUCCCUCUGCCAGCGCCACCGCCUCACCCGACGAGCCCUUCUCCUACGGAGCCAUGUGAGAAGAUGAAAAACAGAAAAGAAAAACUGGGAUUUUUUAUUUUUUGAACGAAGAAGAAAAUACCAAAGGGAAUUCAGAAAAAAUUUGCAAAAAUAAGAAAUGUCUGGCAGCAGUAGCUCUCUUUUCUUCAAAAGUGUGUGAGCAGCAAAAAGAAAAAGAAAGAUCACCGAUCACACGGUAAAACAAAACACAUCGGUGGGCUUUUUUUUUUUUUAAUUACGUGGUGGUGUGUGUGUGUGUUUUUCAAUUUUUUUAAAUGACCUGGACCCGAUAAUUUUUUCCUCUUUUCAUUUGAAUUUUUGCGUUUCUUCUUUAAUUGUUUCUUUUGAUCGUGCCUCUUUUUGUUUUUCUUCGCGAUGAUUUUUUUUUUCCAAAUAGGUAGAGACAUUCCACACACAACACAGACAUACACACACAAAUGUGCUUUUCCUUCCCUCCCCGCCGCCUAUUCUCCGUUGCGUAAUAUGCUCGUCCUCUCUCCUGACAGACACGCCCCUUUUCUUUCAUUGUAAAUAAGGCGAACGAUGCAAAUUCUUUGAAUGGGAAAAAUUUCGAUUGUUUGUUCUUUCUUUUCAUUUUUCUGGAACCGGUAGAAUUUUCUAAUCAGCAUCCCCAUAUAACCGUCUCUGAUCGUAGAGGUACCUGUUAUUUGUUUUUUUCUUUCAUUUCUCUCCCUCCUCUCCCCGUAAGAAGAAACAAGGCAAAAGAAAAAUAAUUCCCGAAUGAAAAGAAAAAUUUUACGCUACUGGGGGGAACAGGAAAAAAAAAGAAGAAAAUCCGCUCAGAAAAAAGGAAGAAUUUCGUUACAUGUCCAAAAUUAGAAAACCAAAAAAAUGGGAAAAUAACAAAAAGAGAGAAAAGCGUCUGCCAGCCAAUGAUGUGCCUUUUCGAUGCCCCCCUCCCCCCGCUCCUUCCUUACACAUACACACACACACAUCCCGAUGAUCAAAUCGCUAAAAAAAAAAUGGGGGAAAGAAAUAUUUCAAAUCCGGUUUUAUCUUCCCCAUACAAAGAAAUAAUUUUUCCCGUUAGAACUUUUUUUUUUUUUUUUAAAUCAAAACUUUUCUCCAUGUUUUCCCAGUUUUGUUCGAUCCUUGUUUUCUAACCCGUUGAAUUUUUCUAGACAUUUGGCGUAUUGCUGGAACCAAAAAGGGGGGCUAAAAAAAAGAGAGGAAGAAUUUUGUUUUCACGAAAGUAAAAACUUGAAAAAAUUGAAAAAAAAUAAUUAAGAGGAUUUUUAAUUUCUGAUUGUGUUGUGGGAAGGUAAAGAAAAAGUUAUCCUCCAUAAACGAAUGGCGGAACUAAAACAGCAAAAUUACCAAAAAAAAAAUUCAAAACAAAUUGCCCGGAAAGUACAUGUUAUUUGAUUGAGAGAAAUUUAAAAAAAAGUUUUAAGAAACGGGAAAAAUUUCCGUUUUGAAUUCUUUAUUGUUGUUUGGGGGCUCCUGUUUGUUCAUUUCCACAGCAGAAUUGGAAACAAAACUUUGUUCUCGCGUGUUUUUUUGUUUGUUUGUUUGUUUUCGUUUUUUAAAUUCCCGGGGUUUGAAAAAAAGCAAAAAUUGUCAAUUCCGUAAAAAUAUAAAAGGGGGAGGAUUGUUUUUUUGUGUCCAUGAUGAUUGAUGAAGCGAAUGUCGUUCAAGUAGUUCAGUGUUUUAUGCGGUGAUUUUUUAAAAGGGAUUGUCGUCGUCGUUCGACGAAAAAGGAUCGAAGGAAUCGGAGCAAAAAGUACAAAAAAGAAAAGAUAAGAGAGGGAAUACACACACCAACAUACCACCCGAAAUCCCCCCUUUUUUUAAGUUUUUUAAAUUAAUUUAAAAAACAAAACAAAAAAAAAACCCAACAAGUGUGGCGUCGUAAUGAUUUUGAAAUUAAAUCUUAAACAUUUUUGUUCAAAAGAAAACCCUACCCGCUCUUUUUUUGUUGUUGAAAAAACACACUGCCGUUUUCCUUUUGUUUCAGUUACAUUUCAUAUUUUUUAACUUCCCGAGAAUAGCCAUUAUUUCCAAACGAUCUUUUAAGAAAAACUAUUUAAAGAUGAUGGUUAUAUAAUUCAAAGAAGAUUUUUUUUCAUCUCCCUCCUCACUUCCUCCUACGUCACUUCCGCCACCCCCCACACACACCUGUCCUGUUCUCUCGUCUUUUGAAGAAAAAUUAAUUAAACUAUUAAAAAAAAGCAAAGACAAUUUUUGAUGCAAAUGGGGAAAUCGGUAAAAUUCGUAGAAUUUAGAUAAUUUUUUUUAUUUCAUGAAAAAUGCGUGCGCCGUAUGCAAUUUUGAAUUGUGUGUCGCCUACCAAAUUGUGUGUUUUUUUUUUAAUAAUUUUCGUUUCACCUUUUUAAAUUAAGUUUGCUGUUGAAGAAUGUUUGCACCACCUCGCCCCUCCAGUUUUCAUUUUAUGUCUCGGUUGUUGCUAAUUGUUAAAUUCGUUAAUUCCCCUUUUUCUUUCGACCUGGAAAGAAAAAGGCGAUCAAAUUUCACGCGAUUUGUUAUGUUUUCGAAAAAUGGCGGCGGGAAUUUUAAAAAACAAAAAAAAUUUGAAAGCCAUUUGUUAUGUUGUUUUGUUGGUCUCUUUGAUGAGAUUUCCGGAAGAAACGUUUUUGGUGGGGGCGAUGAUUUUUCUUUUUUUUUUUUUUUAUUUUUAAUUUCUCAUCUGUUACAAGGGAAAAGAGUGGGGAGGGUUAAAAAAGAUUCAAACAAAAAUUUCAAUUUUGAUUUCACACGUGUUGUUGUUAUUAUUGUUGUUUUAUUGUAAAACCACCACGCUGCUGCCCCUGGGCAAGAAAUUCAGAAUUUAAAAAAUGACAGAAUUAACAAAGUGCGAUCAGAAAAAAAAUCCUGUGUGUGUAUGCGUGCUCCCCUCCUCCCCCCCCCCCUCCAAAGAAAAAGAAAAUGUUUGUUAAAAAAAAUUGUUGAAUUUUUGUCUCUCCCUCUCUUUGUUCACUUUCAUUUCAUUUUUGUCGAUUGGGUAUGGAUAAUUGAGAUGGUUCGAAAAUUG